AACCCUACUGUUAUUAGUCUCAUUUACCAAAAUACCCUUAUCUCUUUUAUAUAACCUUUCUUCUCUCUCUUCUUCCAAAAUUCACGUUACUCUCUAUCUUUUCAUUGUCAAACUAUCCAAACUUAGUCAUUCUUCAUACAUUCAAUCUUUUUGCUUGUUGGGUCAUUCAAUCUUCUUUAUCAAUUACAGCGACCUCACUGAAGUCCCAUUCAACAAGUUUAUUUCUCUCCAAACCCAAUCUCAAGCAAUGGAUUUAGUGCAGUUGGUUAUCGUGUGGAACGGGGAAUGGAAUGAUAAUAAGUAUAUUGGGGGUAAUAGGAUGUGUGCGGGAAUCUACAAAAAUACGACUUUUACUCAAUUGGUUGAGAUUGUGUACACGGUGACAGGAAUUGAUAAAACAAGAUACGACAUCACCAUUCAUUUUGUAACGGAACACUCAAGUGAACUUCCAGCUACCAAGUUCCCUAUCAAGGACGACUACGGUGUCAGGUUUAUUAUGUGCGAUGACAGAAAAUAUAAAGUGAUGUAUGUUGAUAUGAUUUGUAAAGAUAUUGGAGUUUGUAACCUACGUAGUGGUGGUAAUCAAGAUUCAGGUGCCGUUCCAUUUACAUCUGCACAUAGUCCACUACAAAAUGAUGAUUUUGGUAUAUAUGGUAUGGAUGGUUUGUCAGAUGACGCUCCAGACACGAAUGAUGAUUGUGAUAAUGAAACUGAUGAUAAUAGUGACGAUAGCGAUGGUGAUAAUAGUGAUAGUGGUGGUGAUGAAAGAGGAGUGAGUCCGGAGUACCCAGAAGUAAGAUUUUCAGGUUCACAAUUUGAGGACAACCAUUUACAAAGAAACUGGAUUGUUCCUGGUGUAGAAAAUUAUGCAAUUGAGGAAACAAGACCCGAAGUGUCAAUUCCAUACCAGGGUGAUCUUUUACACAUGGGUGCACUCUUUAGAAGUAAACAGGAACUAAUUUUGGCAUUUGGACAAUAUUGUGUUGAUGUGAAGAUGGACUAUCGAGUCAGACGUUCGUGCACAAUUCGAUUUGAGGCUGGUUGCAAGGAUGUGAACUGCAAAUUUAUGCUUCGUGCAAGAUGCAGACCUGGUUGUUCGUUUUGGCAUGUGGUGAAAUUUAUGCCUAGUCACACGUGUACUCCGGAUGUCUACGAUUCACAUUUUCGAAGUGUGAAGGCUAUUGUCAUCGGAAGUUUGUUCUCUGAAAGAGUGACGAGUAGUGAAUAUACACCUAAAAUGCUAAUGGGGGAGUUGUUGGAGCAACAUGGUGUGCAAAUUAUGUAUACUAAAGCUUGGAGGUCUUUACAACAUGCAAAGAUACUUACUUAUGGUAAUGCUAAUGAAUCAUAUCAGCAACUACCCUCAUAUUUUCACAUGUUAAAAGAAACAAAUCCUGGCAGCAUCACGGCAAUAGAGACAGAUGAAAAUAAUUGUUUUUUAUAUUCAUUUUUUGCACUCGGAGCUUGCCUUCAUGGUUUCCAGUCUUACAUAAGACCGGUUGUUGCCGUUGAUGCCACACAUUUGAAAGGUGAACACAAAGGGGUGAUAUUCGUUGCCACUUGCAAAGAUGGGGAGGAAAUGAUUUAUCCCAUCGCUUUUGGAUUUGGAGAUGCAUUGCAAAUGCGAUGA